AUGUAUUACGUUAUUGAUGAAGAUAAAACUUACACCUAUGAAAUCUUAAUGGAAAAGCAUUUGGAAGAAUCUGCUAAACUUCUUGCGUAUACCUUCAGUCAGCAGAACCCAGUUGAAGUCUACUUGAAAACUACUUACGAACAAUUCUAUCUUUAUGCAUUGGCAGUUUUAAAAGCAACUUUAGAAGAUCAACUGUCUAUCAUAGCAGUACACAAAGAGACGAAGGAAAUUUAUGGUCUUGUCCAAGCUACCGAUGCUAAAACACUCGAAGGACAGAAUUUCGAUGAUGUGGAUCCCUCCAAAGAUACAUUAGAAAUAUUACAAGAAGUAGAAAACCGCUUUAUGAAACAGUAUGGUGAACUAAAAGAAAACGACUUAGUACAAAUAUUAAUGGUGGGUGUUCGACAAGAAUGUAGUGGAAAAGGACUUGCUACGAAACUCCAGCAGAUAUUACUUGUUCAUUGUGACCAACGUGGAUUUAAGUAUGUAUUUGUUGAAGUUGCAAAUCCAGCUACCUAUCAUAUUUACACAAAGAAAUUAAAAGGAAAAGAAUUCACAUCAAUUUCUUUAUCAACAUUUGUAACGAGUGAUGGCCGAAAACCAUUUUUACAUUAUCAUGGAGAAAUACAAUUGAUUGUUUUUGAUCUACAACAAAGAAGAAUAACGGAAUGCUUUUAA